AUGGUUUGUAUUUAUUUGUUUUGUUUUUUAUUAUUCCAUUUGUUUGUUGUUAAUAGUCAUAUGAGGAUAUUGUGUAAUUUGUUGAUAGUUAUUUGUGAGUAUAGGUUCCCUUUUUACUGUUAUAUUUUGUUUAUAUUUGUUAAGAUGUUAUCUUUAUUGUUACCAUCAAUAUUAUCGUGUGAGAAGAAAUACCAGGUGUAUAAAAAUAAUGGAUAUAAAUUUGAGACCGUAUUAGAUUUGAUGACUUCAGAUAGUGAAAUUCAUUUAAUAAGAUCUAUAGAAAGUGAUGAGAUAUAUAUAUCUAAAGUAUAUGAUAUAUAUGGUAUAAAUGAAAGUGAUAUGAAUAAAUAUAUGAAUGAAUUAUAUAUAAUGAAUAAGUUAAGAAAUUGUGAGAAUAUUGUAAAUAUAAUAGAUUGUAUUAAAGAAAAUGAUACUUUAUCUUUUAUUCUUGAAUUUUGUAAUCAAGGAGAUUUACAUUCAGAUAUCUUAAGAAAGAAAUUAAAUAAUGAAAUAUAUACAGAAAAUGAAAUAUUUAAUAUAUUACAUCAAAUAUUAAAUGGUUUAAAUAUAAUUCAUCAGAAUGGCAUAAUACAUGGAGAUUUAAAAAGUACUAAUAUAUUUAUUAAAGAUAAUAAAAUAAAAAUUGGUGAUUUUGGUAUAUCAUCAGAACAAAGUUCAAAUAAUAAUUUAGGAACCUUAAAUUGUUUAAGUUAUGAAUCUAUUAAAUUUAAGAAAACAAAUAAAUUAAGUGAUUUAUUUCAAGUAGGAUGUAUUUUAUAUGAACUUGCUACUUUGUCAUCACCCUUUUGUGCUACAAAUAUCAAUGAUAUGAUAUCUCUUUUUGAAGAUAAAAAUUAUAAAAGCUAUAUUAUCAAAAAUAUAUCUUCUAUAUAUUCACAAAAAUUAGUAAAUAUUAUUUCUAAACUAUUGUCUUUAAAUACAUUAGAAAGGUUGGAAGUAAUUACUAAUUAUAAAUUAGAAACGACACAACAGGUGAAUUUAGAAAAUGUACAUAUAAGAACAUGUAUCACUGUUCAAUAA